GUUUGUAAACAGUUCUCCUCUCUCCCGUCAUGUGCUACAAGACAGUUAUGCGAACUCUGUUCCCGGCGAAAGGUUAACUCGACUUCCCAGCGCUGGUAGGGUUAGGCAUUAUUGAAUGGGCAAUCCAGACUGCAGAUCUUCACGGGUAUUUUGUAAAUCACCAUACAUUCAUUAUCAAGGUUCGAAAGAUCAAUGCAAGCAGUGCAUUUGAACAAAAUUUCGUGUUAAAGUGACUUAAAACUGAUACAUGAAUCUAUUUCAAGUUCAAGGUGCUUUCGUGUGAAAUUAAUGCCAUUAUGGGCGUAACUCGUGUGGUAGAAGCGGCACACUCGCUAAUGGUGGGCCUGUUUUCGAUGGUGAGUUGGUCGUCCCCUUUGCAUGUUGUCAUGGUGGGCCUCGACUCUUCCGGGAAAAGUACAGCCCUCUUCCGGCUGAAAUAUGGACAAUACGUGAACGCCGUGCCUACGGUAGGAUUCAACUGUGAGAGGGUCAGGGUAGGAGGAAGCCUAUGGGCUGUGUGGGACGUGGGAGGUGCUGAACGCGUGAGAGGUCUCUGGACAGCAUACACGAGAGCUACAGACGCCCUCGUUUUCGUCGUCGACUCCAGCAGCAGUUGGGAAAGAUUAGAAGAAGCACGCCUCGAACUGCAUCGCCUGACGAAACAACAACACGCCCAAUGUGCCGCCCUGAACGCACCGAGGCCACCCAUACUUUUGCUAGCCAAUAAACAGGACUUGCCAUCAGCCAGAGAGCCUGAAAUGUUGGUCAAAGCUCUUGGUCUGAACGAUCUGCUUCCAGAUCACCAACAACAAAUAUGGGCAGUUGCCCCAGCAUGUGCUGUGACUGGCGAGGGCUUGCAGGAAGCCAUGCAACAAUUACACUCCCUUAUCACCACUUCUAGGAAACUAUACAAAAGCCGAAAGCAGUAACGAAAUCAUGUGCAGUAUCGUCAUUUUCCUAGUUACACAGUGACCUGAUUCCUGAAACCCAGUUUCAAACCCCAUUCAGUAAUUUCUUAAGACUAGCUCUAGCGACCUAAUGCGUUCUACAAAACUUACAUGGUAAUACUAACUUAAAAGAAGUCGUUUACAACACUCAGGAAGUUUUCGUGCCAGUAGCAGAGUGAUUAAAUAAUGAAUAUGAAAUACAGCAGAAUCAUCUUCAUAUAUUUGGGGCUUUUUCUGUGCAACCGUGAGACACAAAAGCAAGAAACGUUAUUCGUUGAAUAGUCACCAAAAUGAUGGAGCCUGACCAUCAAGAACAUCUGACGAGUAUUCAGCUGAAAUACGUGGGAUAAAUAAGGGAAAGGGAAUCGUAUUUUUAACCAAGUGAUGUUACAGUGUGCCAUAUUUCUUGCAGUAAAUCAAUUUUAAAAUACAUGGGUGAUUGCUGCUAGAUCUUUGCUUUAGGAUGAUGGUAUAAAUUGAAUGCAAACAAGAUGUUCACUGAAUAGUGUUUGCUGAAUGUUUGAAGUUCAAAGCAAAGUUUUAGUACCAAUUAAUAUUUGAUAUCGACUUGGUCAUGUAUUCGUUGUUGUUGUUGUAGAUUACACAGGCCUUUUGCCAGCACGGGCUUUUGCUCCUGGAGCAGCCCGUAAUCUAUAUUAAAAGAAAAACAGCAAGUAUGUUAUUAACAAAUGUUAUUCUAGGUUUUCGAUAUAUAAUUAGAUCUGCCGAGUACAUUGACAUCUUUUACCUCUGUGUAGUUGCUAGUUUCUUGAUGUUAGCAUUAUUCCUGUCCUUGAAAAGUACACAAGAAAAUUAAGUAAAAUACUAUUUAUUGUUAUUUAGCCUAUUUUAGAUAUGAAUAUAUUAUUCAAUUAAUAUAUACAAAAACAUUACAUUGUCAUAAAAAGUUUGUAUAAAUGUCCAGUGACAGUAAGGUCAAUAUUACAUGAUGAGAGUUACAUUUGUGAAUAUAAUCAAAUUCGCAUGAAACUAGUAUAUACUAUAUAUAUUUCACCAUUUCCUAUUCAUAUAUAGCGGACUGUCAGUCCCCACCUAAACUACUGUGACCUUACAAGUUGUUUCAAAAAUAAUUGUUGUGUGUAACCAAGCCAGACGACUGUUGACAGUCUCAAGAUGUGGCCACUUUCUGCAUAGAAAUUAGAUGAAAGCGAGAGGGUCCUGGCAGUCUGCACGUGACCAAUUUGGAGCAACUUUUUUUUAUGUUUGCGGAUGUUAAAACUGAUAAAUCAGUCUAGUCAGACUUGUAUAAGAGGAUGUUUGAUUUGCACUGCAUCGUCUGGUACUUGCACUUUCGUCUAAAAUUUAUGUCACCAGUUCAUAUUUCUUCCGUUUAUUUUGUUGUUUAUUGAAUGAUACUUCUCGUUUCAUUCGUAUUGUGAAUAUGUUCCUAAAUGUGUGAAU